UCCCAUUCCAUCCCCAGUCAAAACAACAGCAGCACGUUACAUUUUCUUCCUGCUGCAAGCUGCUAAUGCCAGGUGGUCGUCUGCCUCCAUUGUUGCAGGGUAUGCCUCCAUUGUUGCAGGCUUGAAGUGAACAACAUGGGUGACGAUAUGCAAAGGAUUUUUUACAUACCUGAAGAAAAGUUGCUGGAUAAACAUUCCAAUAUUCCUCAAGCACAAGCAGAGACACAAAUUGCAUCAAUAUGCAAAGCUAUAAGACAUGAGUCUAAUAACUCGGUAACUGUGCAACAUGACAUGCAGGCCAAUAGGACUGUACGAUUCACCAUUCAGGGCCAGAUGGAUCGCAUACAGGUUGCAAUGGGUAUUCUGGAAAGACGACUUACAAAGGAACGUCGACAAGAUCAGUUGACUCUACCCCAGAAUGUUGUCGCCCUAACCAUUGACAACCUGCGUGCCCAUAACCAAGCCACAACAAAACAAAGACAGUUUGCUUGCGGGCCUUGCCAGAACAUCUGGUGGCGGAAAGUCUUUGUCUACAAACCAGUGUCAAGGUGCAAUCGCUGCCACGUUCGCUACGACCCUGUGCCGCUUGAACAGAUGUAUGGCUGGGGGAGGUUUUCAUGUCCGCAGUGCAAAAAUGUCUUCUGGGGACGAGCCCAAUACGGAGUCGCUUCUGUUUGCUACGGAUGCCAGACUAUGGUCCUGCCUGAUGCUGAUUCUAUAGGGAUGAGUCGACCCGGCAAUCGUAGGUUCACCGGGAACAUCCAUGCCUGCGCUGCCUGUAACAACGGCGCCAUACGUCCAUGCCCUGCCUACAACCGCGUGUUGUAUCCAAGCACGCCCCAUGUAAGCACAGGUUCCACUGCAUCUACGUUCCUGACUCAGCAGAGUCAUGACUACAGGGAUCCAAUGAAUUAGGAAUGGCUAGCUGUCACCAUCGUCAAAAUGUCAGCUGAGGUCAGUCUUGAUGGUCAGUCUUGAUGGUCAGUCUUGAUGGUCAGUCUUGAUGGUCAGUCUUUGGUAUUUUGAACUGUUUGAUUGUAUUAAUUCUAUACAAAUGUAGAUGCAUACAAUAGAAUUUACCUGUGAAAAUUUCAUUUCGUAAAAUUGUACUUUUGGGGGGAUAGGGCCAUAACUCUGUAACUAGAAGAAUAGUUCCUAAUAGGAAUACACAAUCUAUAAAAACUAGAAGAAUAGUUCCUAAUAGGAAUACACAAUCUAUAAAAACUAGAAGAAUAGUUCCUAAUAGGAAUACACAAUCUAUAAAAACUAGAAGAAUAGUUCCUAAUAGGAAUACACAAUCUAUAAAAACUAGAAGAAUAGUUCCUAAUAGGAAUACACAAUCUAUAAAGCCUGUUGUGGUAAACCAUGUACAAACAACUUUGCAUCUUACAUGUGUUGUGUGCAUUGUCCAUGGCAGAAGGGUCCAUGCUCCCUUUACAAGCCAUGCUUGCAGUAUUUUUAGAGUUGUGCAUUUACAUUUGUUUAGUUUGCUUGUUAUUUCUUAUGUUAGGGAUGGAGUUUAAAGACACUGGACACUAUUGGUAAUUGUUAAAGACCAGUCUUCUCACUUGGUGUAUCUCAACAUAAGCAUA